UAUGAAUACUUCAACGCUGUGCUCAUCAACGAACGGGACGAAGAGGGAAACUACCUGGAGCUGGGCAAGGAGUUCAUCCUGGUGCCCAAUGACCACUUCAAUAAUUUGCCUGUGAACAUCAGCCUGAGCGAUGUCCAAGUACCAACCAACAUGUACAAUAAGGAUCCAGCCAUUGUAAAUGGAGUUUAUUGGUCGGAAUCUCUAAAUAAGGUUUUUGUUGAUAACUUUGAUCGUGACCCUUCUCUCAUCUGGCAGUACUUUGGAAGUGCAAAAGGAUUUUUCAGGCAAUAUCCAGGAAUUAAAUGGGAACCUGAUGAGAAUGGAGUCAUUGCAUUUGACUGCAGAAACAGAAAGUGGUACAUCCAGGCAGCAACUUCUCCAAAAGAUGUGGUAAUUUUAGUGGAUGUMAGUGGCAGUAUGAAAGGGCUUCGCUUGACUAUUGCAAAACAGACAGUUUCAUCCAUUUUGGAUACCCUUGGAGAUGAUGACUUCUUCAAUAUAAUUGCUUAUAAUGAAGAACUCCACUAUGUAGAGCCGUGUCUGAAUGGAACAUUAGUUCAAGCAGACAGAGCCAACAAAGAGCAUUUCAGGGAACACCUUGACAAACUUUUUGCAAAAGGAAUUGGAAUGCUGGAYAUUGCUUUGAAUGAAGCUUUCAACAUGCUCAAUGAAUUCAAUCACACAGGACAAGGCAGCAUUUGCAGCCAAGCCAUAAUGUUGAUCACUGAUGGAGCUGUGGACACAUACGAUACAAUAUUUGCAAAAUAUAACUGGCCAGACAGAAAAGUCCGUAUUUUUACCUAUCUGAUUGGAAGAGAAGCUGCAUUUGCUGAUAACCUGAAGUGGAUGGCCUGUGCUAACAAAGGGUUUUUUACUCAGAUCUCUACYUUAGCUGAUGUGCAAGAGAACGUGAUGGAAUAUCUGCACGUUCUCAGCCGACCAAAGGUCAUCGACCAGGAGCACGAUGUUGUGUGGACUGAAGCCUACAUUGACAGCACUCUUGCUGAUGAUCAGGGAUUGGUGUUGAUGACAACUGUUGCCAUGCCAGUAUUUAGUAAGCAAAAUGAGACUUUGGGUAUUCAUGGAUAUGCUUUUGCAAUUACAAACAAUGGAUAUAUUUUGACUCACCCAGAAUUAAGGCCUUUGUAUGAAGAGGGGAAGAAACGAAGAAAGCCCAACUACAGCAGUGUGGACCUUUCUGAGGUGGAGUGGGAAGACAGAGAUGAUGUGCUCCGAAAUGCAAUGGUGAACCGGAAAACGGGAAAAUUCUCCAUGGAAGUGAAGAAGACGGUGGACAAAGGGAAGCGGGUGCUGGUGAUGACAAAUGACUACUAUUACACCGACAUCAAGGGUACCCCAUUCAGUUUAGGUGUGGCUCUCUCUAGAGGACAUGGAAAAUACUUCUUCAGRGGGAACGUAACUGUGGAAGAAGGUUUACAUGAUUUAGAGCACCCUGAUGUAUCUUUAGCAGAUGAAUGGUCCUAUUGCAACACGGACUUACACCCCGAGCACCGGCAGAUGACUCAGUURGAGGCGAUCAAACGCUACCUCACGGGAAAAGAGCCCCUGCUCCAAUGUGAUAAAGAAUUGAUCCAGGAAGUUUUGUUUGAUGCAGUUGUGAGUGCACCAAUUGAAGCUUAUUGGACCAGCCUAGCACUGAAUAAAUCAGAGAACUCUGACAAGGGRGUGGAAGUCGCCUUCCUGGGGACACGGACGGGGUUGUCUCGGAUCAACCUCUUUGUGGGCCCAGAGCAGCUGACCAACCAAGACUUCCUGACAGCUGAAGAUAAGGAGAACAUUUUUAACGCUGACCACUUUCCACUCUGGUACAGAAGAGCUGCUGAACAAAUACCUGGGAGCUUUGUCUACUCAAUCCCAUUYAGCACAGAAACUGCCAACAAGAGCAAUGUGGUGACAGCCAGUACUGCCAUUCAGCUUCUGGAUGACAGGAAAUCUCCAGUGGUUGCAGCUGUAGGUAUCCAGAUGAAACUUGAAUUUUUCCAGCGGAAAUUUUGGACUGCAAGCAGACAGUGUGCAUCUCUCGACGGCAAGUGUGCUAUAAGCUGUGAUGAUGAAACAAUCAACUGUUACCUAAUAGAUAACAAUGGAUUUAUUUUAGUAUCUGAAGACUAUCAGCAGACUGGUUACUUUUUUGGGGAGGUUGAAGGGGCAGUGAUGAACAAGUUACUAACAAUGGGCUCUUUUAAGAGAAUUACCCUUUAUGACUACCAGGCCAUGUGUAGGACAAACAAAGAGAGYAGCGACAGUGCCCAAAGCUUACUGGACCCUUAUAAUGCCUUCUUUGCUGCAGUAAAGUGGAUUAUGACUGAACUUGUCUUGUUCCUUGUGGAAUUCAAUCUAUGCAGUUGGUGGCACUCUGAUCUAACAGCUAAAGCGCAGAGGCUGAAACAAACCCUAGAGCCCUGUGAUACAGAAUAUCCAGCCUUUGUUUCCGAGCGCACUAUAAAGGAGACCACRGGGAAUAUUGCUUGCGAUGACUGUUUCAAGUCUUUUGUUAUCCAGCAGAUCCCAAGUAGCAACCUCUUCAUGGUGGUAGUAGAUAAUGAAUGCUUCUGUGAUUCUAUCCCACCAAUUACCAUGGCACCUAUAGAAAUAAGGUAUAAUGAAUCCCUCAAAUGUGAACGGUUAAAAUCUCAGAAGAUAAGAAGACGCCCAGAAUCUUGUCAUGGAUUUCACCCUGAAGAAAAUGCAAGAGAAUGUGGCGGUGUCUCAGGCCUUAGUGCUAAACCUUCUCUUGUUCUUCUUGCUCUGCUAUUGRCGAUUUUCUCCAGGUGACAUUGACUGAUGUGUUCAACUGGCAUGCUAAAACAUGGAUAAACUGUGAACUGGGAAUGGUGCAACAUAGAGGACAUGAAAUAUAGUCAGAGCAUCAGCAUUUCAUGAUUUUAAACUGUUGGUGAUAUAAAUUCUUAAAGAUAYGUUGAAAAAAUAUUUAUCUUUUUACUUUGCAAGUCAUGCAGAUGUGAAUUUGGCAUAUGGUAGUCAUGAAUCAUCAAAAAAGGACUUGGUAGAUAGAGGUGACCAUUGCUUUGUCCCAUUGAAAACAAUUUAAACUGUGUACUUUUUUCAAUAAAGUAUAUUAAAAUCACAGUUUCAGAGUGUAUUUUAAGWAUGCUACUAUAUUUGUUCAAAUAAUGAAUGAUGGGAAGAAAAUAAAGUAAAUGGAUGAUAUUUUAUUAUGCUUUUAGCCUCUUUCUGAAAAGAUUCAGAGAAGAAAAUGUGGAGUUGGCCUUUACAAGAAGGCAGAAUAGCUUUAAUUAACAAGUUAAGGAAACACUUAUGUGUGUGAAGCUGAGCAGGUAAUGUGUGGUGCUGAAUUAUAGUGAAGGUUUAUUUUCUGGGAAUAGCUAUAAAACAACUUAUCUGCAUUUAGAAAGUGAGUCAAAGCCUYGUUAAAUCCUUGCUUCAAACUUGGGCAAGCUUUAGAUCAAAUUGGUGGAUUUGCCUGCAGAUGGCAAAAUGAAAUACUUUUCACCCAGAGGAGUAGGAAGGUAUUUGGAACAGCCCAUGCAGAAGGGUGGCACUGU